AUGUCGAUUUUCUGGCUACUUUGUUUGGUGUGCAGCCAUAUUGGAUUAACCACAUGCAUAUCUUCAAAAACCAAUGACAUAUUUGAAUUUGGUGUCGACAAGGGAAGGGUCUCAUUCAAUGUGGUCGGUAAUAUCGGCUUGUUCGAAAAAAAUACAAAAAUACCUAUUGAGGUACCAUACUGCAUGAAGCUGACCUACGUGCGAGUAGAGGUGGACAACAGCCUUGGCCCGCCGGUCGUGUCGCUAGACCACGGCCUGCAAAUGGUCACCAUCAAAUAUCGCCCGCUCCAGCACAGCAAGUCUACGUACUCGGUCACCGCCAAAACACUACCAAUGAAGAAAUGCGACCUUGUCGACGACAGUAAUGGUUAUUAA